UCAGGUUAGGCUAGACGUUGGCUGUAUCCCGCUUCCUCUAUUAAAUUUGUUAGGUGGGGGGACCUCAAAACGAUGCUCCAUGCUCAUUAGAAAACAGAGAGGAAAAAAAGCAUUUCUCUUUUCUGCUUUCUUCUCUGUCGAAUUCUCAAUUAUUUCUGCCUUCUGGCACCAAAUCCUCUCUCUUCUGUAAAGAGGUCUCUUACUUUCAUUCAUUCUAUAAAACCCCAAAUUAGCGAUCAAAUACGAACGGAUCAUAUAUACCAAGUGACGAUAUAAGAAUAAUAAUAAACGAAAAUGGUGUCGGCGACGAAGGAGAUGGUGGCUUACUGCUUCGACACUCUCCUUGCUCACUACAACAGCGAAGAACCUCCUGCCCCAGCCUUCGAUGAGGGCCAACAUCCAUUGUUUGUUACUUGGAAGAAAGUGGUGAAUGGUAGUGAGACUCGUUUGCGUGGAUGCAUUGGAACACUAGAAGCUCGUAGCUUGAUGAAUGGAUUCAAGGACUAUGCUCUAAACAGUGCUUUGAAGGACCGUAGGUUCCCCCCAAUACAACUGAAGGAAUUACCUUAUUUGGAAUGUACAGUUUCCAUUCUGACUGAUUAUGAAACUGCUAGCCACUACCUUGAUUGGGAGAUUGGAAAACAUGGUAUAAUUAUUGAGUUCACUGAUCCUGAAUAUAGUACAAGGCGCAGCGCCACAUACUUGCCUGAGAUUGCUGCACAUGAAGCUUGGACAAAAAUAGAAGCAAUUGACUCAUUGAUGCGGAAAGCUGGUUAUAAUGGCACCAUCACUGAAUCACUUCGGAAACGUAUAAAAUUGACCCGCUACCAGAGUACCUUAUGUACAAUGCACCACAGUGACUAUGUUUCCUAUGUUAAGGCAACCAGAGGCGCAGCUCCGUCUAUUAUUGGCGCUAAACCAGGCAGUCAUUGACUUCAAAAAUGCAUUUUCUAAGUCAAAAAAGGUGUUUCCAUCUGAACAAAAGAAACCUUGGUGGGAAUGCAUUUGUUUGUUGUUUCAGUCCAGACUGCAAUAAUGGUGACCUUAAAUAUAAUUCUUCAAAUUCAUUUGAUUUUGAAGAAAGAAACCAAAGAACACUUUUGAACUUGGGUUUCUCAGAUUGCACUUCACAUCAUUCACGUUUUAAUUCUUGUAAAAUAUUGUGACUCAAUUUCUUUGUAAUGCUUAUCAACUGCAUUUAUGUCGCCUUCUGCCUGGUUACAAAUGAUAAUUAAUGCUCUUGUAAGUUAAUUAGUAAUCA